AUGGGCGGCCUCUGGGAAGCAGCCGUAAAAAGCUUCAAAUAUCACUUUAAACGAAUUGCUGGGGCUCACAAAUUCACCUUUGAGGAAUUCGCCACAAUUUUAGCACGAAUAGAAGGAGUACUCAAUUCCCGGCCUAUAUCAGCAGUAUCAGAAGACCCUUCAGAUCUCACAGCUCUAACGCCAGGACAUUUUUUAAGAGGUGCCCCUUUGAUGGCAUUCCCUGAACAAGAUUGUUCGAAUAUGUCGGUAAUAAAUAGAUGGGAAAAGCUGAAGGUUAUACAUCAUCAAUUUUGUCAACGAUGGAAAAAUGAUUAUCUAAAAUCACAUCAUAAAAGGUAUAAGUGGAAAACCUCAUCUCAAAAUAUGCAGGUUGGAGAUUUAGUCAUUAUUAUGGACGAUCUACUGCCGCCUCACGAGUGGAAUCUUGGCCGAAUUGAAAAAACUUGUUCCGGUUCAGAUGGUAAUGUACGAACUGCCGAGAUACGAACUGCUAAUGGGGUAAUUAAACGACCUAUCGUCAAAUUGUGUUACCUACCUUUUCUAAAUCAAGAAGAAGCUCAAGUAGACUCAAACCUUAAAGUUCAAUCCUCUAUUUCAAAAUAA